CCUGGCUCGUUUGUUAUUCCCACUUUCAUGCGGGGUUGAAGGCUGCAUCGCCGUUUUUCAUUGUCACCGAUCCGGUAUAUAAACCAUCGCUCCCAGAGGGUUAGACAUCAGUCACAGCCAGCUGAAGACUAAGAAAACCAUCAUCAUGAAAUUCUUGAUUGUCCUCGUCGCCGCCUUGGCCAUCGCCUCUGCCAACCCAGAGCGCGAACGUCGUUCGCUUGGUUGGGGCCAUAAUGGCGCCGUAGUCCUCGGCGGUGUGAUCCCUGGAGUGGCUGUGGCGGGUCCAGUGGCUCCGGCAGCUGCGGUUGUUGGACCAGUCGCUGGUUCUGCUGCGGUCGUGGGACCGGCUGCCGGACCUACGGUUAUCGCUGGCCCCGCUGGAUCGAUCGUGGCUCCUGGAUCCGGGGUCUUAGGACUCUGGUAGACACCUGAACGCUCAGGAUUCGACCCCUCCAAGAGCUUACGACGACUCGAACGAUCUCCCGUCAACUUACCAAUCUCUCGUCCAAUCUCCAACCUCGAGACGUCGACCGACCCCCAGCGCCAUCGAGCACGAUGAUUCUUCAGGAUCCCGGAUUCAGGACUGCGGCGAUCGAACUCCUCGAUCCGCCCGAACGUUCGAUUGAACUCGAGGUUUUUUAGUUGAAUGUCCUUUUUGUAACUAUCCAUGACCCUAUUACGCUUUUGUACGAUAAUAAAUGAAGCUCCACCGUA